ACUGAUCGGUGCUAUAGGUGCCAUGCGCUAUAGGGUAGGACGAUCCCGGUAAGGGAGAGAAAGAGGAGCCCGGCAGCCUUCCUCCCCGCACAUGAAUUAACCCCUCCUCCCCCGGCUGGGAGCCGGUACCCUGCGAGUUGUGUGCGAUGUGAAGGGGGCGGAGGUACAUAUAGGAGAGAAGCACACACACGGCACCAGGGGGAGGAGUGUGUCUCCUUGAUGAUUGUGUAAUUAAAUAAUAAUAAUAAUAAAAAAAUCCUUAAGUCUGAUUUGGAAAGGCGAAGCGGUGCAGAGGGUGUAACCGGUGCAAGUUUGAGAGACACAGACAGAGGAGAGCGCUUAGUGUGGCCGGGACAUGCUUAUUGGGGGAUCGUAGUACCGGGCACGGCAUGCCAGCGGAGGACAGUCCGGGAGCCAGCCUUCAGCCUCCAGUGACCCAGUACCAUGAAUAGGUGAAAGCUCGCCCCGUGGAUGCUGUACUAGGGACCCGUGCGAGCCAAGCCAUGAUGUAUUCUCCUAUCUGCCUGACUCAGGAUGAGUUCCAUCCAUUCAUCGAGGCACUUCUUCCACAUGUCCGUGCAAUUGCCUACACUUGGUUCAACCUGCAAGCUCGUAAGCGCAAAUACUUCAAAAAACACGAGAAGCGGAUGUCCAAGGAUGAGGAGAGGGCAGUCAAGGAUGAGCUUUUAAGCGAGAAGCCAGAAAUCAAACAGAAAUGGGCGUCCAGGCUCCUGGCCAAGCUACGCAAAGAUAUCCGCCAGGAGUACCGGGAGGAUUUUGUGCUCACUGUGACGGGGAAGAAGCACCCUUGCUGUGUGCUGUCCAACCCCGACCAGAAGGGCAAAAUCAGGAGGAUUGACUGCCUGCGGCAGGCCGACAAGGUCUGGCGUCUGGAUCUAGUCAUGGUCAUCCUCUUCAAAGGCAUUCCCCUGGAAAGUACAGACGGGGAACGGCUCGUCAAAUCGCCACACUGCACCAACCCAGCACUUUGCGUCCAGCCACAUCAUAUAACCGUAUCAGUCAAGGAACUUGAUUUAUUCUUGGCGUACUACGUACAGGACCAAGAUCCUGGACAAUCAGGAAGUCCAAGCCACAAUGAUCCUGCCAAGAAUCCACCAGGAUACCUUGAAGACAGUUUUGUAAAGUCUGGAGUCUUCAAUGUUUCGGAGCUAGUGCGAGUGUCUAGAACUCCCAUAACACAGGGCUCCGGUGUCAAUUUUCCAAUUGGAGAGCCACUAAGUCAGCCAUACUACCAUGACAUGAACUCAGCAGUCAGCUUACAGCGGUCUCUGUCUUCUCCACCAAGCAGCAAAAGACCCAAGACCAUUUCAAUAGAUGAGAACAUGGAACCAAGUCCAACGGGGGAUUUCUACCCUUCUCCAAACUCACCAGCAGCUGGAAGUCGGACAUGGCACGACAGAGAUCAAGAUAUGUCCUCCCCCACAAUGAAGAAGCCUGAAAAGCCAUUGUUUAGCCCAACAUCUCCACAGGAUUCUUCACCGAGGCUGAGCAGUUUUUCCCAGCACCACCAUCCAGGAAUACCAGUAGGACAUAGUGUGAUCUCAACCAGGACAUCACCAUCUCCGCUGCCAUUUCCAACACAAGCAAUCCUUCCUCCGACCCCCUCUUCCUACUUUACUCAUCCGACGAUUCGAUAUCCUCCACACCUGAACCCUCAGGAUGCGCUAAAGAAUUAUGUUCCUUCUUAUGACCCGUCCAGCCCACAAACUAGCCAGCCCAACAGCAGCGGACAAGUUGUGGGAAAGGUGCCUGGCCAUUUCACUCCGGUGUUGGCCCCAUCACCACAUCAUGGCGCAGUGAGGCCUGUGACACUAACCAUGACAGACACUAAGCCCAUCACCACAUCCACUGAAGCCUACACAGCCUCCGGUACAUCGCAAGCCAACCGAUAUGUGGGGCUAAGCCCAAGGGAUCCAGCCUUCUUACACCAGCAACAGCUGAGGAUUUGUGACUGGACCAUGAAUCAAAACGGCAGGCAUUUAUACCCCAGUGCCAGUGAGGAAACAUUGGGAAUUACUUGGCAAAGUCCUGGUACCUGGGCUAGUUUGGUUCCUUUUCAAGUAUCAAACAGGACGUCGAUCCUGCCAAGCAAUGUCCAAAACUAUGGACUUAAUAUCAUUGGAGAACCCUUUCUUCAAGCAGAGACAAGUAACUGAGGAAAAAAAAAUAAGUAAAACUGAACAGAGAGAAGAAAGGAAAACAGGACAAAAACAAAACAAAAAACACUUACGAAAAGAGAAGAUAAACUGAUAAACUGACCAGCAUUUGCAGCACUUACAAUCACUGAUUCCUUUAACCUUUUUAGUACUUGCAGGACCUGUGAUACAUUGCAAAGCAUUGUCUUCUGGGACUCCUGAGCACAUAAGGGGUUAAGGCCGAAGCAGUCGUGACACUGAAAGGGUGGCUAAUAUAUUUCACGGAUGGGUAGAAUGCAACUCCUGCUAAGCUAGCCUUUGUUAUCUGAUGUCCUCUGGGUAAUAGGCGCUCUUUCUCCACGACUACAUUUUUUAUGACUUUUCUAGAUGCCUUAACGAUUGCAUGAUAAGCUAGUCCUGUUUGGUUUUAGUCUUCUUGUUGUUUACGCAUGGGAACACUAUUCCCAGUUUUCUCACGAAACAAAGGCUGUGAGGCAGCAACAGAGCUGCAAAAAAAAAAAUAGAAGGCCUCAAGGCCUCCCCUAUCUACUAAUUUCUAAUGGUUGUCAUAUUUUACAGCUUGUAAGGAAUAUCGUAUGACCUUCUAUCACUGAUAUAAGUCAUAAAGAGAUGUAAUGUAGCGAGAAUCCCAGAAAUAUACUCACCUUACAUCUUUUUGGAGCGCUACCUAGUUUGAGAUGUCAGAAAGGUUGUACCCAUCAGGUUCUAGCUGGAAGCCAUUGUACCUGGUACAGAAGCACCAGCUCAAGAAACAAUGUAAAAUAUGGAACAUAUGCCCGUAAAAGAAUAUUGCAGAGGCAAGUGCUAUUAUCAAAAUAAGUACUUAUUGGGGCAUAAUUAUUUUCAGUCCUUUAGCCCUCCGACUCUAAACAGUAGGGCCCAAUAGAACUAAAAUCUCCUCCGUGAAAAUUCUGAUUUUCCAUAUGCUCCAGCAAGCACUAACUGAUAAAAAAUGGAAAUAAAUAUGUUUCUAUUCCCUCUGUUUGUGAGGGCUAUAUAAGGUAAAUAAAUGAAAAAAGCGGCAAAUCGAGACAAAUCAUGUAUUUGAGAGGAAGAAAUGAAAGGACGCGUAGCACUUAUAUUGGUUAGGCUGCCACUAUGAAGCAGAGUAUUUUAUUUAUUUGUAAUUACCGAUUGAAUUAAGGGAAGGGGCUUGCAACCACACUAGUAAGAGGAUAUAGGGGCCACUUGUGGCUGUAAGGUUCAGUCUUGCAACUUGUGUCGUGGCAAUUGAGGAACUAAGGAGAAGCUUUUAUUUUGAUGAUACCUGCAUGGUGCUGUCAGUAAUAUGCUCUAGAAAAUACGCAUUCUCACACUGACAUCCAAUUCGCAUGACCUUAAAAAUUAUGCCUCUCUAACUAUUAAAAAUCAAGUACACUUUCCAGUAGAUCUAAUUUGCACGAAAAUAUAAUGUCCACAUUACGUGCCUUGCCUUGAAUUUCAGAAAAAAAAAGAAGUGACAUCACAACACUUGUUUUGCUGCAUUUAUUAUAAUUUUAAAUCUUUACCAUUUUUAUGACAAAAUAUUUUGUACUCCAGAGGAAAAAAAAUAUGUGACAUCCUGGAUUUUUUAGACAGUAAUAACUUCUCACAUUUAUAAAGCAUAUCAUGGCUGUGUAUAGUUGCCGCUUAAAAAAAACUGUAAUCAACCAGCAAUAUUUUCAGUAUUUUGGUGUUUUUUCUAUUAACCUUUCAUGUUUUUCAUCUUCCAAUUAAUAAGGGGAAAGAGGGAGGGGGGGCAGGUAUGGGGUUAAAAUUUUUACAAAUUAUGCAAUACCAAGUUUUGCCUAUGUAGGUAGUGCUUUUAGCAGUAUUUGGUUAUUUUAGGUAAUUUCGCAGAUAAAAAAAAAAAAAAAAGAACAAAAAUAUAAGAAUUUAAUGUAUGCUUUUUUUUUUCCAUUUUGUUUUUUAAUUGACCAAAGUGGGUACUGCUAUUUUUGCAGUGUGAUGAGGUCCUUUUGUGUACUGACAUGGAGAGGGUUUUUUUCUUUUUUUAUAUAUAUGCAUAAAUAUAUAUAUAAAUAUAUAUUAUUGGUGGGUGGGAGGGUUAAAAUAAAUAUUAAGCUCCCUAGAAGGCUGCUGUGAUGCAGUAUGCCCUUAGAGUGGCCAUGACUGCAAAGUGACCCGUUCCCUCUACAUAUAUCAUUUGGUUUGUCUUUAUACACUUUAAUAGUUCCUUCUAGAAUGGAGGUGUGAUUACCUGGAUUACUCAGAUAUUGGAAUCAUGUGUUCCCAUUGACGUUUAUUAAAUAUUCUCAUGAUAAA